GAGCAUUUGGCCCAAUUGUUUCUGUGCUUCAUUUUGCUGCCAGCUUUCUUCGUGCUCUAGAUGUGCAUCGCGAGUUCAGCCAAGUCAAGUGGUUUGUCCAGCGCCUGGCAGGUAAAGAGCACGUUGAACAAAUCUCCCGCAAAGGUGUGUUUUGGCUCGACGACAUGCUGUCGGACAUGUAUGUAACCUACAAAUACUGGAAGCAGAAAAUGCAUGGCUUUGCCUUUCUGAUGAUAUCCACCUGGCUUGGCAGUGGCUGCACCGCUUUUGGCCACCGGUACGUGAGCUGGGAACGCCGUAAGCAUCGUUUGGACUACUGGGCCGCAGGCUUGAAUGAGCGCGGGGAACCCCGGCCUGGCUUCACAACCUUCUUGCUGUACAUUUCGCAGAUCCAGCCAAUGAUCAUGGCUUGGGAAUCUUGGCAGCAUGGUGGGAUGGAUCGGUUUUUACAGGAGGAAAAGAUGCUGACAACGCUCACAGAGGGUGACCCCAACAGCCCGAUGACCGUCGCUUUGCUGAAGGCCGGUGCCAUGCCGGGCCCCAAGCCCCAGCUGAUUGGGCUCACAGCUUUGAAGCCAGCGGAGCCGCCACCCCAUGGCUUUCGUUGGUUCACUUGCGGAGCACCGAGCAUGGCCCAAAACCGAGGCCAAUUUUAUCACGAAAUCGAAUUGUUGUCCGAUUUCGAAACCCCUCAGCUGGGGUGGCUCAGCUCAGACUUCCAAAGUGGAGAAGAAGAUGGUAAUGGUGUCGGAGAUGAUCCCCACAGCUGGGCCUUUGAUGGGCAAAGACUGGCCAGCACAAUGGCGAGAAGGAACCUUUGCAGAUCUCGCCAUUGGAAAGUCGGCGACGUCCUGGGCUUUGCCAUUGAUUUGGACAAGGGAGAGAUGCAGCUGCGCACCAAGCAGGAAGACUUGACCAUGCCUUUCCAGGUCAGUGGCGCAAU